ACAUCACUUAAAAGACCUCCGCAUGAUAACUCACCUACAUAAUCAACACUGGCUAACUGACCAUCACCGAAAGUACCUUUGAUUUGAUUUGGACACCAAGAGCUAUGGCAUGGACUUCUAGAUUAAUCAGCGUUGCUGUUCUGAUCGCACUCAUGGGAUGUUUCACUGGUGCACUAGGCAACUAUCGUCGUCCCACUCGUGUUGGAGUGAGCUGUUGUAAGGAGGUGUCGAGAGCAAGAAUACCUGCUACAACUACCCUGAUUGGAUACAAGCAUCAGAAUGCUCUGAGUCCAUGUGUGGAUGCGAUAAUAUUUUACACAGAGAAGGAAAAGUACUGCUCUGAUCCAAAAGCGCGCUGGAUUAAAGACCGUCUGAAAGAUCUGGAGGAGAUAAUGGACUGAGCCAAUGAAAGCCGAGAAGCUGCUGCAGAUCUUUCUUUUAUCUUUUAUAUCAAUUCAUCCAUCUAUAAAAAGAAAAUAUAUAUUAAAAGUUUUAAUACAAUUAUAAAAGAAUAUUAAUAAAAGCUGUUUGUUUUGUCUGCUUUCAAAAUAAAAUGCAAUUUUUGAAAAAUAA